AGUAUGUAAAAGCCUGUAUUCAAUCAGGGCUAUAUUAGUGGACGAUGCUCUCUAACGGUAGAUUUGUUGUUCUUGGGAUAAUACUCGUGAUUAUCCUUGAGCUUUCUUAUGGACGAGCUGGGAACUCGAAAGGCAAGAAAGAGAUUAUCAAUGCAAUAAACGAAUGGAUGUCAAAAACCUGCAUCAAGUUUGUUCCUCGCACCAACCAGAAUGCCUUCAUUACUUUUGUUAAGGACAACAACGGCAGGUGUGCGUCGUAUGGUGUUGGUUACUAUGGUUACUCAUACAAGGUUGUGUUGGCCGAGAGGUGCUGGUACCAAGGCAUGAUCGUUCACGAAUUAGGUCACGUGAUUGGGUUUGAACACGAGCACACUCGUCCUGAUCGAGACAAGUACAUCACGAUCAAGUGGAAUAACAUCAAAGAUGGUCGACGUUUCGACUUUGAAAAGAGCAGUGGCGACUCUCUGUCCUACACGACUCCAUAUGAUUACGCGAGUAUUAUGCACUAUGGGGCUGGAUUCGCGUCCAAGAAUGGUGACACUAUAGUACCUCUUAGAUCUGGGGUUACGAUGGGAGACUGGAAAUAUCUGACUCAGUUGGACGUCAUGCAAGCACAGAUACUCUACAAAUGUCCAGGCAAGUUCGUCUUUUCCAAGAUCAUCUGUGAGGGCAACACCGACAGCAUCUUGUGCUACGCCAGAAGAAAAAUCCAAAUAACUUUUGCUAACUAUGGCAGACGUAACAUGCUGAAAUGUUCGUUCUUUCCUUGGGCUUCCUGUAGCUCCGAUCAGCUAUCAAAGUUGAAGUCACUUUGCGACGGAAAAUCGAGAUGUGACGUCACAGCGUCGGAUGCAAUGUUUGGUGACCCUUGUUGGGCUGCAAAGAAGUACCUCGAAUUGGAAUACAAAUGUUUGGCCUAAGUUGGUGACGUAUUUCCUGAACGAUUUCUUCCAUCAAAACCGGAAGUUAGUUUGUAGCAUGACGUCAUACUUCAUUAAGUUAUACUACAAAAAAAAUAAAUUAUGUGAGAGCAAACAUAA